GCUAAAAUCAUGUAUAAAGAAUAUACUGUAACAACCUAAAAUUAAUCGUCUGAUUCUCUUUUUUUCUUUUAACUUUCGUAAUAAAUAACUUACAAUGAAUUUGUGUAUUCGGACAAAGUGUUUUCGUUCGAACAUUAUAGGAAGUCUCUACCGUUAUUCAACUACUGCUACAGAACCUAUCGAACAGAAUGACCAGGUUCUCAUUGAUGAUUCUGAUGAUGCUAGAGCCAGAGAGGAAGAGAUUGAGAAGAAACGAAAUGUAUCUCGGUUGUCUCAAGAGCACUACAAUCUGGUGAAUGGUAGACGGCCAUAUGAAGAACCAAAGCAUACAGCUCAUCUCACUGUGAAAUAUAAUAGGAAGAUGUAUGGAAAGUACGGAAUUGCUAGUGGUGUGAAUCCAAGUCUAUGCUGGCCAUCAAAGAAAGAUAUACAGGAUACAUUGGAGUAUGAAUCUGUUGCCUAUCCAUUUACCAUCCAAGAGAUGAUGGCAUCUGCAGCACAGAAAAGAAAAGAGGCACAGUUACAAAUAGAACAGCGUGAGAAAGAUGUGGCUGCUAAAUAUGCUAAACUGGCACAAUGGAAGAAGGACCUUCAAGAUAAAAUUGCUAAGAAGGAGUAUGAAGCAAGAGCUGCUAAGGAAAAGAAGGAGCGGCUUGUGGAGGAGGUCAGAAGGCAUUUUGGCUUCAAGUUGGACCCUAGAGAUGAGAGAUUCCAGGAGAUGCUGGCUAAGAGGGAGAAAGAACAGAAGAAACAGGAGAAACUAGCCAAGAGAGAAGCCAAGGAGAAGAUGAUGAUAGCAAAGUUGCAGCAGCAAAACUCAGAAAUAUCAGAAACUGCUGAAAAAAGUUAGGUAAAAUGUUAUCAGUUCUAUUUUGUAGUUGUAAUAAAGUUAUUAUGUAAUUCAUU